UCCAACUCGCCCCGCUCCACAGGUUGCUAUGGGAAUCGCCUGCCCGACCAGCUCGUCUGAAACCCGAUCAAGCCUUGCCGAUACGAGGCGACCCGCGUGCCCAUUGGUUGCCGAGGAUACCUGAAGCAGCCUGCCGAUGAAUCUUUGAUGCUGGACAGAGCUUCUCCAUUACUCAUUACUUCGACUGACCCGUCUGUCUGGACCCACCGAAGGACCAACAAACACUUCUUGGCCCGGAAACGUUCAGGAGCAGCGGCAGCAGCAGGUAAUGGUGUCAGGAUGUCCGAGAGCCGGCAGCGAACACUGUCCACCUCCGGGGAGUCCCUGUACUUCGUCCUUGGUCUGGAGAAGAGCUGUAGCCAUGAAGAAAUCAAGAAGUCUUACAGGAAGCUAGCCCUGCGGUACCACCCGGACAAGAACCCGGACAACCCAGAGGCGGCAGAUAAGUUCAAGGAGCUGAACGGAGCCCACUCAGUGCUGUCGGACCUCACCAAGAGGAACAUUUACGACAGCUAUGGCUCCCUGGGCCUCUACGUCGCCCAGCAAUUUGGGGAGGAGAACGUCAACACCUACUUCAUGCUCUCCACCUGGUGGGCCAAGGGUCUGUUUGCUGUGUGUGGGGUGCUGACCGGCUUCUACUGCUGCUGCUGUCUGUGCUGCUGCUGUAACUGCUGCUGUGGCAGACUGAAGCCCACGCCGCCCGGGGAGGGGGCGGAGUCAGACGCAUACGUCUCCCCAGACGACCUGGAGGAGGAGGUUGGCCAUGACAACGAAGGCGGAGAUGCUCCGGUGGUGCAGCAGCCCAGCAGCGGAGCCAGCGAGAAGACUCAGCUGAUUGGCGAUGGAAACCGCAGGUAUGCGGACACCUACACCUGAGGACCCGCCCCGACCCCAUGGGAGAUUAACCUCUGACCUCUACUCUCAGGCUACCAACAAUUUCAACUCCUUUUCCUACAAACAGACUCUCAUGAUGUAUGUGGUGUUUGACUUGUUUUGGGAAACUUCUAGAGAGCAACACAAUUGGGACAUACAACUCGAUUUUGUGUGUGCAGAACCAGGGCGGGAAAAUUUUGAUUGGAGAGGGUGUUACGUUAGGGGUUAGAGUGGGCUUUGCGUUUAUUUUUUAUUAUAAAUAAUUGAAAUCCAAUUUUGACCAAUAGCAAUGGCUGCAGUUAUGAGAAUGAUAUUUCCGGACAAAAGCCCUUGGUCAUAGUAAGUUAAAGUCUUUAUUCCAUAGACCCGUGAAACAACCGGAUGUUUAACACAAAGAACUGUAAAUGUAUUCAGUUGUUGUGAUGGAUGUGAUGGAAAAAUAAGUAUGUUGGUCACAUGAUUAAAUAGUCACAACAAAACCAAUCAUCAAUCUAUGAAUAUAAACUUAUCACAUGCAUUAUCUUUUGAUGGAGAGAAUGUCUUUGUUCUAAAUGAUGUAAGCUUACUAAAUUCAUCUUCAGUUACUUUCAGAUACAUAUAACAUUUGUGAUUUGGUUGCAUGUUCGGACGUGUGUUUUAUUUUAAUAUGCGUUUUAAUGAAUGUAUCUUAUUUUUUUGUAUUGCAUAAACAUAACAUUAUCUUGCACCAUUCCGUCAACUGCAAAAUGUCAAGAUAUAGACAUAUAUUAUAAAUAAAGGAUUAUUAAAAAAU